AAUUAAAUUACUUGUUAUCCAACUCACAUUGCUCUUGAACUUGAUUUUGUCGUAGUGAAGUUCUUUUGGCCGUUCUUUUUUCAUUAAAAAUAUUCUCUCCACAUUUUACAGUUAAUAAAUUUGCAAGUAUUGCAUUAUUAUCUCUUAAGAAAAAAAAAUGACCGAAUCUGUGGUGAGUGGAAAAGAUACCCGUUGUCUGUUUAUUAACAAUGGGGAUGAUUUGUUAACUUUAAAAAAAGUUGUAUCUAAAAAAACAGACAAAGAUGAUGAAAAACAAAAACUAAAUAAAUCUGUUGAAACUAAUGGCAGUGAAUUAAAUGGAAAUCACAACAAAACUGAUAGCAUAAAUUUUGAUGUGGAUAAUACAUCUUCAUUAGAACCAAAUUUAGAAAUGGAUAGUGAUACAGAUCGUAAUAUUACUAUUGGUUCAAUUUGCACUCAAGAAGAUCGAGAAUCAGAAACUAUUGAUAUCUCUAAUGAGAAUUCUAAUGAAGCAGAUACAAAAAAUGGUGAAAAGGAUAAUCAAGUAAAUUCAAUCAAAUGUCUAGAUAUUCCAUAUUCUCCUAGUGAUUCUUUAGAUGAUAAUGAGUUUUCACAUGAUUUAGAAGAUGAUGAUUUAGAAUUAAAUAAUAUUAAGUCACCUGCAUCUUAUUUUAAUAUAUCAUCAAGGGCACCAUUACAUUCUAACAAGGAUUUAGACACUACAUUUGAAGAUGAUAUUUUAUUACUGGAGGAAGAAGUAUUAAUUAAUGAAAGGAAGCGAAAAUUUGAAGAUUUACCAGAACAAGAACAGAAGCCUACUAAGAUACUUAAACUGUGGAACUUAAUGAAAUAUCCUUUUCAAAAAAUAACUUAUGGAACUUCAAUAAGUGAAAAUGAACCAAAUAUUUCCAUAGCUGAAGCCAUAGUUGAAAAAGAGAACUGCUUAGAACCAGAGACAGCUGAUUGUGAAAAUAAUAGUGAUAUUGUAAAAACUGAAGAAAAAAACUCUCAAAUUAAUUCUGAGGCAGAUGGAGAAAACGAGGAUACUUCAACAAACGAAACUACACAAAAAUUCUGUAAAAUAAUGUAAUAGAUGCUAAAAGGUAUAAAUUAAUUAUUGCAAUAUUCUUGUUUUAAAGAAGUGUAUAUUCAUAUUAGUUAAGUAAUACAUUCUGAGCUGUAUUGACAUAGUUAGUUAAAUGAAACACAAAAUUUGAUUUUUUUUUUUAAUAUAAUUUUUAUUUUAUGACCAUUUUUAUUUUAUGAUGUUUCCAAAUUAACAUUUGUAUCUAGUAUAUUACGGAUAUAUUUGUGUUUCAAAAUUACUGAAAAAGUAAAUUUUUUUUUAAAACAUAUCAAAAACUUAAUUUUAUUCCAUCAUUCAAUGUUUUUUUUCUUACAUAUUUAAAUACAGUAUUAUGUUCUAAGCAGGUUAAAUAUGAAUAAUUGUUAAUAAAUUUAUGUUAAAUUACAAUAAGUAUUAUUUGAAAAUCAAUGUAAUUCAUGUUUAUUGUGUUAUUGUUUAUUGGUCAAAGUGGUUAUUUUUAUUAUAAUUCAUUAUUAUUAUAUUUUUAAACAAUGACCUUAGAAAAAUUGAUAUGAAUAUUUUGUAACUAUCCAUAAGGAUAUUGCCUAGUGUUUGCUAAGACAGAAGUAUUAGUACUAUAUAAUAUAAAAUAAGUUUGGUUGAAAUUUUUUAGUUAUAGAAAAUUAUAGAAUUAAUUAGAUUUACAAAUAUUCUUUUCUGUUUUUUAUUUAUUUAAAAAAAUGUAAAAUUGUAUUUUAACUUAUAUGGUAUUUACAAUAUAAAUUGUAUUGACAUUUGAUUCAUUUAAAUUUAUUUAGUUUAUUUUGAUGUAUACUACCAGUUAUUUGUCAUGUGUUUAUUAAUGAUAAGUAUUAAAAUAAGGAAUAAUACUACUUAAUAUUUUACAAUAUUGUUUUAAGUAUAUCAAACAUGAUUUUUGAAUAUUUGAUUUUAUAAUAUACCUUUUUAAGUUGUAGUUGAUAUAACCUUAUGCGUUAAAAAUGUAAUGUCCCUUAAUGUUGUUUAUCUUGUACACAUUUACAGUAUAAUAUUGAAUCAGAACAAUAAAAUUAGAAGAAAUAAUACAUGUUAGAUAAGUUUUUUUGUUAGCUGUGUAUUUUAUUAAUUUUCAAAAAACCCUUGUAUACAAUUUAAUAUUGAUAUAAAUACAAUAAUUAGAAAUAUUA